AUGAUGGGCAAGCUCAUGCGCUCACUCACCUCCUCCACCUCCCCCUCCCUCACCUCUCCCCUUUGGUCGGCCAGGUUGCUCUGGUUCGGAGAAUCCAAUUCUUACACGGGAUUGGACGAGGGGAGGUACGCGCUGCUCGGAUUUCUCCUCCUGCCGCUGAUCAUGCUCGCAACAACCAUCGCCAAGGAGGUGGGGGACUGUUUCAACGAAGGGGUGGUUGACGAGGCGAGCCACUUAAAACGUCUACCGAUGCUGGAAUACCCUCCGCUCGAGUUCAUGAAGAACUUAACAGCUACAGACGGAGUGAGGGGCCCGGCUGUAGCUCUGAAGAGUGUGGAGCGCGUGGGGGAGGUGCUGAGAGUCCUGCAGACCACCACCCACUCUGCCUUCCCUGUCGUGCAGAUUGUGGGUGGGGGGGAGGGGGGAAAGCUGGGAGAGAAGGAGAAGGAGGGGGGAGGUGAGGGGGAGGGGGAGGGGGAGGUGCACGCGGUGCUGUACGGCAUGGUGCUGCGCUCGAAGCUGCUCAAGCUGCUGGGGAAUAAGUCCGCCUUCCAGCGCAGCACUCUCUGCACACCUCGCACCAAUUCCCUUCACAAGCUUCUUCUUUCUACCAACACUGCAGCUGCCGCUGCAGCUGCUGCUGUGCUGGAACCCAGACCUGCUACCCAGCGUACCCACCGCACGGCGACUGCGAUAGUGAACGUUAAGAAGACUCCUUGUAUCGAGGAUAUCGAUCUGAGUGCAGAGGAGCAGGACAUGUUUCUGGACCUGCACCUCUUCUGCAACACCUCUCCCCACGUGGUGGGCGAGGCCAUGAGCCUGCGCAAGGCGUACGCCAUUUUCCGGCGAAUGUGGCUGCGCCACCUGUGCGUGGUGCGCGAGCGCAUGCAGGUGGUGGGUGUGUUGACGCGCAAGGACCUGCUGCCCCACUCGUUUGAGAAGCAGCAGCUGGAGGAGGAGUGGGACGAUGGCGACAGCGACAGCAGCGAUGAGGACGAGGAGGAGGAGGAGGAGGAGGAGGAGGAGGAGGAGGAGGAGGAGGAGGAGGAGGAGGAGGAGGAGGAGGAGGAGGAGGAGGAGGAGGAGGAGGAGGAGGAGGAGGAGGAGGAGGAGGAGGAGGAGGAGGAGGAGGAGGAGGAGGAGGAGGAGGAGGAGGAGGAGGAGGAGGAGGAGGAGGAUGGUUCGAUGAGGGGAGAUGGUGGGGUCGCGAGCGCGAAUGGCAGAGCAGGAGUGAGUGGCAGUGGUGUGGGUGGAGGGGCGAUAGUGGAUCGGGCGGUUGUGGCAGUGGCGAGUGAUGGGGAGGAGAGUGGGAGGCGUAUGAGCGGGCAUGUAAGUGUCAGUGAGGCUGGUGUUGGAACCCCGAGGCGCAGGAAGCGUGCCAUUCCGUCCUUCAUCUCACGCUGCCACACACAGAAGUACCACUGA